AUCCCAACUGGUACUGGAUUCAUCGGAGUAAUGUUGGCAUCGGAUGAAACACACCUUACCAACCAUAGUGGGAAUAAAACUGCACACGCUGUCUAUAUGUCCAUUGCCAACAUUGACAAAUCUGUUCGUCGGAAACUCACACAGGGUGCAUGGAUUGCGAUCGCAAAGAUCCCAGUCUCAAAAUUUUCAAGAACUCACUUUCGAACAAAAGCAGAGGAUGCCAGGAUGCCAGGGUUGCUCCAAAGUAUCCUGUUCCAUCGAUGCAUGUGGAUUGUCCUUGAGCCACUGUGCAUGGGGCCAAUCUCCAAGCCACAUACUGUGAUCGACCCAUUAGGUAACUUUCGCCAGUGCCUAUUCUUCCUCGUUGCUUGGAUGGCAGAUCUGAAAGAACAGUGGCUGAUUGCUGGGUUGGGUCACUCAGCCUGUCUGAAAUGU